UAAAACUUCAGAAAAACUUAAACACGUGAAUUAAAACUUAUUUUAUGAUAUUUAUAUGCUAGAUGCAUCAUUAUUUUAAUUUAUCAAAAUGAGUACCUAUGCUUUGAAGCCUCCUAAACUUCGAAGGUAUCACAUAUUGGAAAGUAUUAGUUCAAAGACAUUCAUUCCUCGAGAAUAUCAGGUUGAGCUAUUAGAUUCUGCAAGAAAAAAGAACACAAUAAUAUGCCUUGGUACAGGUACUGGGAAAACAUUUAUUGCUGUUAUGCUGAUAAAGGAAUUUUCGCAUUUGGUUCGAGAUUCUUUAUCAAAUGGAGGGAAAAGAACUAUUUUCCUGGCCCCAACAGUCCCACUGGUCAUACAGCAAGCCAAAUUUGUCAGAGACUGUACUGACUUAAGAGUUGGGCAGUAUUUUGGACUAGACCUUGAAAAGUGGCCCAAAGAAAAAUGGCUUAAAGAAGUUGAAACUCAUCAAGUUCUAGCAAUGACUCCUGACCUUUUCUGCGUUAUUCUUUAUCAUGGCUUUUUACCACUUUCAUCAGUUAAUUUAAUUAUAUUUGAUGAAUGUCAUAAUGCUGUGAGAAAUCAUCCAUACUGUAAAAUUAUGAAUUAUUUUGAUGUAUGCGAGGCUGGGAAAGAACCACGAAUUUUGGGAAUGAGUGCCUCUUUAAUAAAUAACAAAUGUAGACCAUCAGCUAUAGAUCAACAAAUAAAACAACUUGAAGCAGUAUUAAAAUCGCAUGUAGAGACAGCUACCGAAUUGACUUCACUAAGUAAAUAUGGAUCAAAACCUAAAGAAUUCAUUGUUCUGUAUAAUUCAUACUCUGAUGAUGAUCCUAUUUUAACCACUGUGAUAAGCAAAAUUAAAGCUGCCCUAGAGUUUUUAAAUUUCGUAAAUGUUCCGUAUGAUGAAGAUGAUCCAUACCCCCAUCCUUGCCACCAACCUAAACGGUACUUAGUGGAACUUUCAUAUGUAAUUUCGUCACUUGGUCUUUGGUGCAGUUUAAGAGCCAUUAAAUUAUUUCUUGAAGAAAUCGAUAUGUUUUUGGAUUCAUCACAUUGGAGUUAUUUACCAGCACAUAAAGUUUAUAUUGUUCUUACUAGGACUGUUUUAGUAAUGGCGGAAAAAGAAAUUCAUUCUCUUCUAGGCAAAAACAAUAUUUUGUCAAAUUUGGUUGAAAGGAUUCCGCCUAAAAUGAAAAGAUUAUUAGAGGUUUUAAAACCAUAUAAGCCUGAACCUGUGACACCUUGUAAUGCUGAGUUAAUUAAUGGCACUUGCAUUAACAAUUCAUGUGAUACUGAAGCACAAAACUCUAGUAUCAACAAUCAGAAUGGACAGGCACUUCAAAACAACCAAAAAACUAGUGACACUCAUAGUGAGCUGGAAGCUAACAAGUGCAAUACUUAUAAGAGAAAAUAUAAAUCAAACAAUUUUUCUGAUGAUAGUAAAGUGUUAUGUUGUUUAAUCUUUGUAAGACAGCGCAUAGCAGCUUAUCUCUUAAGUGAAUGGCUUGCAAAAGUAAAGGAAAAUGAUCCUGACUUUAGUUUUUUAUCACCGAGUUAUAUUAUAGGCCAUGGAAAAAACACGAGUGGUUUAAAAAAUGCUGCUAUGAAAUUUCAAAAACAAGAGGAAGUGCUGCAAAAAUUCAGGACUAAAUUAUAUAAUAUUGUGGUUGCUACGUCUGUUAUAGAAGAAGGGAUGGACAUUCCAAAAUGUAACCUUGUUAUCCGUUUUGAUAGGCCUGAAAACUUUCGUGCUUAUGUGCAGUCUAAAGGAAGAGCUAGAGUUAAUGAUUCUCAUUAUAUCAUGAUGGUUAAAUCUCCCGAAAAAGAAACAUUUGAAGAAAUUAUAUCUGAUUAUAAAACUGUAGAAGAGUUGCUAUUGAUGAAAUGUCAUAAAGCUGACCAAGACAUGGAAGAAACAGUGUUAGAAAAUUCUAUUGAUAACCUAAUUGAACCAUACAUGCCAGUAAAGCAAGAUGGUUACCCUCGUGUUACACUCUCAACUGCUAUUGCUCUUGUAAAUAGGUAUUGUGCUAAACUUCCAAGUGAUACUUUCACAAGGCUUACUCCAAAGUGGAAGAUAAUAGAAGACAUAGGUCUUACAUCACCAUUUCAAUGUGUCCUAAAAUUACCCAUUAACUCACCAUUAAAAAAACCGAUUGAAGGGCAAUGGAUGCAAAGUAAACAGCUCGCAAAAAUGGCUGUAGCAUUGAAAACUUGUGAAGAACUGCACAAAGCUGGUGAAUUGGAUGAUAAUCUAUUACCUACUGGAAAGGAAGCUGUGAAGGCAGAGGACUUCAUGUUUGAUGAUAAAGAGGAUUAUUUCAAGAAAGAUGAGGAUGCAAGAAAAGAUCCUGCUCGACCAGGCACAACUAAAAGAAGACUAUAUUAUUUUAAAAGAGUUGCAGAUGCACUUAAGAACAGUGCACCUUCUCCUAGUUCACCUUGCUACUUGUAUGUUUUUGAUAUGAAACUGACAUGCCCCAUACCUGAAGAACAAAAUACAAGAGGUCGAAAAAUACAUGAUCCAUCAGAUACAGCGAGGGGAUUCGGAAUCUUAACAGGCAAGAUUAUACCGCCUAUUUGCAGUUUUCCGGUUUUUACAAGAUCUGGUGAAGUUACUGUGAGUCUCAAGCCUAUAUCUUAUAACUUCACUUUAGAAGAGGAAAAACUUGAUGCUCUUGCUUUCUUUCAUCGAUAUACAUUCUCUGAUGUUUUAAGACUUGAAAAAUACCCAAUGAGUUACAAACCAUCUGAAUCUGAAGCCUCCUAUUAUGUAGUUCCCAUUACAUUAAACAAUGCUGGAAAUUGUGUGAUUGAUUGGCCAUUUGUAGAUUUGAUAUUUGAACAAAACACCAAGAAACCACAAAAAGCUUCUGAGAAUGAAAGAAAAAACUUUAAAUUCAUAACUGAUGAUUAUCAAGAUGCAGUGGUGAUGCCCUGGUAUCGUAAUUUAGACAAACCACAAUUUUUUUAUGUUGCUGAGAUUUGUACCAGUUUAACGCCUUUAAGUGAAUUUCCUGAUAACGAAUAUGAUACAUUUGCAGCUUACUAUCAAAAAAAAUAUGAUAUCAUGAUAAUGAAUCAUAAUCAGCCUUUACUAGAUGUUGAUCAUACUUCUGCAAGGCUGAAUCUUUUAACGCCAAGGUAUGUGAAUCGGAAAGGAGUUACUUUGCCCACUAGUAGUGAACAAACUAAACGUACAAAGAGAGAAAACCUACAACAAAAACAAAUCUUGAUUCCUGAACUUUGUACUGUUCAUCCUUUUCCUGCAUAUCUUUGGAGAAAGACUGUAUGCUUACCGUGUAUAUUGUAUCGACUAAAUUCAUUGUUACUCGCUGAACAGUUACGUUUGGUAGUUGCUAACAGUAUACCAAUAGGUGUACAAAACUUACCCUCCGAUUUUCAGUGGCCUCCCUUAGAUUUUGGUUGGACUCUUGCUGAUAUUCUAAAUUCCCAGUCAACUAACAAAGAGAACGAGACUGAACAGCAACUAACUAAAUAUGUAAAGAAUGAGAAUGUGAAAAAUGGUUAUUUUACUCCUAAGCCUACAAAUUUUUCUAAUGAAUCCAACUCAGUGAAUAAUUUUGAAAAUACUUAUAAUAAUGACUUGAUGGACUUUGAAAUUGAUGUAUUUGAUCCAACUAAAGUAGUGAUACCUGAUGAUGACAAGAUGAGUGAAUAUCUCUUAGAUCAAGAAAUACAAGAGGCAUUUGGUAUGGAUAACUCUUUAGGUAACAUAGAUAAUAUGUUUUCUUCUAAUCCAGUUUUUCCAGUUCCUUUGUGGCAACCUAUUUCAGAAGAGUGUGAAAAUGAUGAAAGAUCAGUUGUUAGAUACGGUUCACCAAGCAACUUUGAAGAUUCAAAUUGGGAUUCAGAAUGGGAUACUGAAAUUAACGACAAUCCAUUUUUAGCUGUGAAUUUUCGUGGCUUAGGCUAUAUAUCUGCACCUGGGGUAAAUAUGCAAAGUUUAACAAUGGAUUUAGCUACGUGUAAGGAUGAUGAAAUGUGGGAUAGUAUGGAUGAAUCAUCUGUGAUAAGUGAUGAUGAUGAAAAUUUUCCAAUAAUUACACAUUUUGAAACAAAUGAGCAGACAGAAAAAGAAUUAAAAGCUUUGCCUAAAAGUACUAAAACUUAUGAAGAAAUGUCUGAAUGUAGCUGGCUCACUUUUCAUACUUUGAAAGAUGAAUCCCCUGAAAUGCUCUGCAGUUCUGAUGCUGCCAGCUGUGUUCCAACUUCUAUUACAACAGUAAAAAAUAACAAAAAGAAAGACAUUAAUUAUUUAAAUUCUGCAGUUGACUCUAAAGAUACAGUUGAAAAUUUAUCCCUAGAAAACCUGCUUCAAACAGCUUUCCAAGCUGAAAGUUCGUGGCUAUCUGAUGCCAAUAUUAAUAAUAAUGACACUGAAUCUGAUUGUGACAAUUUUAUUUUGAAUGGAAGAAACACAACUAGUGGCACAAAUUCUGAACAUACCCUAGCUUUUGGUGAGCUUCUUCCAAAUAGGGAAAAUCAUCAAUUGUAUGAUAAUAUGAACCGUGUGAGUUUUGAUGACAAUCCUGAUUUAUCUAAGCACCCUGGUCCAAGUCCAAGCAUUAUCCUUCAAGCUCUCACCAUGUCUAAUGCUAAUGAUGGUAUUAAUCUUGAACGUUUAGAAACUGUGGGAGACUCCUUUUUGAAAUAUGCUAUUACAGUUUAUUUAUUUUGCACCUAUCCAAAUAUCCACGAAGGAAAAUUGUCUUAUUUAAGAAGCAAGCAAAUUAGUAAUUACAAUUUAUACAAGUUAGGCAAGCGUAAAGGACUUGGAGAGUUAAUGGUUGCUUCCAAAUUUGAACCAUAUGAUAACUGGCUGCCACCUAAUUAUGUAGUUCCAAAAGGCUUAGAAGAAGCCUUAAUUGAAUCAGGGAUUUCAUCAGGAUCCUAUAAUCUGGGAAACUUGAAAGAUCUAACUCAAAUGAGUGAGGAAGAAGUUAGGCAAACUGUCCUUGAGAAAACUGACAAAAGAUCGUUAGAAAAUGCAUGUGACUUUCCUCUUGAAGUUCCAAAUGGAUCUUCUAUGGUGCCAUACAAUUUACUUACUCAGCAUAGUAUACCAGACAAGAGUAUUGCAGAUUGCGUAGAAGCGUUAAUUGGAGCGUAUUUAGUGUCAUGUGGAUCCAGAGGUGCCUUGUUAUUCAUGUCAUGGUUAGGACUCAAAGUUUUACCUGUGAUCAAAGUCAUGGAUGAUAAUAGUUCAAACGAGUAUGGUUUUUUAACACCCCCUCCAUCUCCCAUUUUAACUAGAGAACCCAAAUCAGAUCUGAAGUUAAUGAAACUGUUGAAUGGUUAUUCUGCUUUUGAGGAUAAAAUUGACUAUUCUUUCAAUGACAAAUCAUAUUUACUUCAAGCUUUUACUCAUGCCUCUUAUCGUUAUAAUACUCUUACUGAUUGUUACCAAAGACUUGAGUUUUUAGGUGAUGCUGUGCUUGACUAUCUUAUUACUAGACAUUUAUAUGAAGAUCCCAAGAAGCAUUCUCCUGGUACACUGACUGAUUUGAGAUCAGCUCUUGUAAACAACACUUUUUUUGCAUCAUUGGCUGUAAAAUAUGACUUCCACAAGUUUUUUAAGUCUAUUUCCCCUGCAUUGUUUAAUGUAAUCAACAAGUUUGUCCAACUAAAAGAAAACAAUGCUCGAAUGGAAGAUUAUUUGGAUGCAUAUUACUUAGAGGAAGAUGAAUGUGAAGAAAUGGAAGAUGUUGAAGUUCCUAAGGCAUUAGGUGAUAUUUUUGAGUCAGUUGCUGGUGCAAUUUAUUUAGAUAGUAACAUGUCAUUAGAUACUGUAUGGAGGGUUUAUUACACUAUGAUGAAACCAGAAAUAGAAUAUUUUAGUAAUCAUGUUCCUAAGUCACCCAUCAGAGAACUUUUAGAACUUGAACCUCAAACUGCAAAAUUUGAGCGUGCAGAAAUGACUGUAAGUGGAAAAGUUAGAGUUUGUGUUGAUGUAUUUGGAAAAGGAAAAUUUGUUGGUGUAGGCCGCAAUAAGCGCAUAGCUAAGUCCACAGCUGCCAAGCAUGCUUUGAGAGAACUCAAAAAGCAUAAAAAAUCAUGAGGAAUUUUUAUACUAAAUGCAGAUGCUUAAAUUUGAAAAAUAUCUACUCUAAUAAAUACUAA